AAGCACUCGGCCUCCCGCUGGUUUCUUUUGAAAAAUAACAGAAAUUUCUCCUACUGGAAUGGGGGAACUCCUAGUCCUCAAGCCCUAAUCGUCCUUGCGGAUUUCGAUCAUUCCCGAAAUCCGGGAAGAUGUUACUAGGAUGUUUAAAUAAUUACAAGAUUUCGUCCAUUUGAUGCCUAAAUUUGUUACUGUUCUGGCAUCGACGGAAAUGGUGGAGAUCUCAACUCCUUGCGGCCGCUUACAGUUCCUCCAGCAGCGGCGGUGGCUUCCGGUGACGCUUCCUUGUCCACUUACCAUCUUCACCGGGAUGUGGAUACUUGUGUUUUGCUCUAUCUUUGUGUGGCAGAAGAGCUCCUUCGAUGUGGUUCGGUUAUUCGGCCACACGGCACCUAUGGAGGGUUUGGUGCCGAAGUUGCGGCCGAUGGUGUUGAAUCUAUCGGAUUUUGGGGCGGUAGGAGAUGGGCAGACGCUUAACACGAAGGCGUUUGAGAGCGCGGUUGCAGCGAUCUCGCGGCUUAGAGGAAAAGGUGGUGGGCAGCUCAACGUGCCCGCAGGGCGGUGGCUCACUGCUCCUUUCAACCUCACUAGCCACAUGACGCUCUUUCUUGCAGAAGGCGCAAUUAUUCUCGGGAUUCAGGAUGAGAAUUAUUGGCCACUAAUGCCUCCCUUGCCAUCGUAUGGGUAUGGAAGGGAGCAUAUAGGACCUCGAUAUGGAAGCCUGAUCCAUGGGCAACAUCUUAAAGACGUUGUCAUUACAGGACAAAAUGGAACCAUUGACGGGCAAGGUCAAUUGUGGUGGAUAAAAUACAGGAAGAAGCUUCUCAACUACACAAGAGGACCCCUAUUGCAGAUCAUGUGGUCUAGCGACAUUGUGAUCUCCAACAUUACACUACGUGAUUCUCCUUUCUGGACAAUUCACCCAUAUGAUUGCAAAAAUGUAACCUUGUCAGGUCUUACCAUCUUGGCUCCAGUUACUGGCGCUCCCAAUACGGAUGGGAUCGAUCCAGAUUCCUGCGAGAACAUGGUAAUCGAGAACAGCUUCAUUUGUGUGGGAGACGACGGCAUCGCCAUCAAAAGCGGCUGGGAUCAGUACGGCAUAGCCUACGGCCGCCCCUCCACCAACAUAUUAAUCCGCAAUGUCACUCUCCGAUCCGUCGUCAGCGCGGGGCUGUCAAUCGGCAGCGAGAUGUCGGGCGGCGUUUCAAACAUAACGAUAGAAGACAUUCACGUCUGGGAAUCGCGACGCGGCGUCCGCAUCAAGACCGCCCCUGGCCGCGGCGGCUACGUGCGGGGUGUAAGCUGCCGGAACCUUACCCUCGACAAUGUCCGCGUGGGCAUUGUGGUUAAGACCGACUACAACGAGCACCCGGACGCCGGCUACGACCCUCGCGCCCUGCCGGUGAUCAACGGGCUUUCGUUCGUGGGCGUGCACGGGCGCGGGGUGCGCGUGCCGGUGCGCAUAAGUGGCAGCGAUGAGAUUCCGGUGCGCGGGGUGACGUUGAGGGAUAUGUCCGUGGGUAUAAGCUACAAGAAGAAGCAUAUCUUCCAGUGCUCGUAUGUAGAGGGACGUGUUUUCGGGUCUGUCUUCCCGGAACCCUGUGAGAACUUCGACCGCUACGACGAACAAGGCCGUCUUGUGAAGCGGUCUACCAACCAGAACGCCACAGACAUCGACUACGGCUUUUGAAGGGGGCCAAGACUGAACGCGUGCUUAUGGAAGAAAGCUGGAUCAGUAUAUUUUUAUCAAAAUUUGAUUUGAAUGAAUCUCAAAAUUAUUAAAUUUAUCUUAAGAUGAAUGUAUUAUAAAUAUUAAUUAAAUAUUUAUAUAUUACAUUCAUCUUAAAAUAUAUUUGAUGAUUUUAAGAUUAAUUCUGAUUAAAUUUGAUUAAAAUAUUAUGAUCUAAUUUUGUGCAGAAUACAUACGAUUGACACGUGAGCCUCCUUCAAAGACUUAUAUGGCCUUUGGUUAUGUUUGGUGGCUUCUCCGUUGGACGAAACUUGCGGCUGGUUUCUGGCAGUCUUUCUUCUUAAGCUGAUGCUUUCUCAAUUAAUUGCUGCAGCUGUACGCAUUUUCUAUUUGGUUCAGGGCAAGCGAGAAAAUUGCAUGAGAGUUUGUGAUUGUAAAUAAGAAUUUGAUUAAUGUACAAAAAAAAUCAAUUUAAUUCUAUUUUUCAGUAAGUGCAUGAAAUUUCUUCAUUAUGGAUUUCUGCAUAUUAUUUGAA